AUUUCAGUCUCUUUCUUUUAUUCUUCGCCCCCUCAUCUCCUUCCCACUCUAAAUGACACAGUCCCCGUGCUCCUGCACCUCCGGCCAUAUUCUCCUAAGAAUGAUUAUUCCGAACUUUCUCUGGGUUUUUCUCCCUGCCGGGCAUGUUUCCAGGGCCAUAACUUUUCUGGCGUGUCAUCAUUUCUGGAGUUAACGCGGCAGAGUCAUCCGAGGCGAGCGAGCUAUCUCAUAUCUGGAUUCUUGAACAGUUAAACAGCCCAGGAAAUGCGUUUUCUCUAACCCGGAGGUACCGCUGCUCAGCGGGGAUGAGCUUACAGAGAGCUGCAAAAACAGAUGACGACGUUAUGGAAAUGUAAAAUGUCAGCCCAGGGAUCUUAACGCACGGCCUGAUCUGAUUCAGCUCCUUCUCUUCAAAAUGAUGUUUUCUCCUCUCUCCCUGUCGCAGGUUUCCAGUGCCAGAGGAUGCCAGCAGCCCCAGAGUAUCACCGAGCCACCACCAUGCUUAACUGUGGGCAUUCGUCUUCCUCCAGACAUACUGCUGAUCCAUCGUGUUGAAAAGGAUGAGUUCCAUCCGUUCAUUGAGGCUCUGCUGCCUCAGGUCCGUGCCUUCGCCUACACAUGGUUCAACCUCCAGGCCAGGAAAAGGAAGUACUUCAAAAACAUGAAAAGGAUGACUAAAGAAGAAGAGCGAGCUGUCAAAGACGAACUUCUUGGGGAAAAGGCAGAGGUGAAACAGAAGUGGGCCAGCCGUCUUUUGGCCAAGCUAAGAAAGGACAUUAGACCUGAAUGCAGAGAAGAUUUUGUCCUGUCAAUCACUGGGAAGAAAGCUGCAUGCUGUGUCCUGUCAAACCCUGACCAGAAAGGCAAAAUGAGACGCAUAGACUGUCUCCGACAAGCUGACAAGGUGUGGAGGUUGGACCUGGUGAUGGUCAUCCUAUUUAAAGGAAUCCCAUUGGAAAGCACAGAUGGAGAGCGGCUGGUGAAGGGAGGCCAAUGCUCCAAUCCAGUCCUCUGUGUCCAGCCUCGACACAUCUCUGUCUCUGUCAAAGAGCUCGACCUCUACCUCGCUUACUUUGUACAAGAGAGAGGUUCUCUCAGGUAAACCGAAAGGAAGAAAAGCAGCAGGCGCUCUAUGGAUAGUAACCAUGGCAACAGCUUCAGUGCGCUGUAGCCUAUUUCACUUCAGUUAAAAUGAUAGGCUACAUAACUUUACCUGAUAGGCCUUCAUCUAGUUUUGCAGGGAUGCUCUGACAUGUGAAUUCCCUCCUGUUGAUGUCCUAUUUAGUUAAACAGUAAUAGAUUAUGGAAACUCACAAACAGCGAGGAUCGGUCUCUCUUCCAAUGAUUUGUGCUCCGCAUCUUGUACAAAAAGUUCAAGACAAUUCAACUUCCGCAGCUGGUGGGCAUGUGCAGCCGUGACAGUUUCAUGGAAAUGCUCCCGCUUGUUGCUACACCUUGUGCUCGACCACUUCACCUCACUCUAACUUGACUGUUUCUGCUGCUCCCUGAUAAAAGAAAAAUGUUUCUGCUGAUACCUGUUCAGAAAAAAAAACAAGAAAACAGAUUUAUAUCUUUUAACCUGUUGCUCAGAAGGAGCCUGUUAUUCUGUUCUGAUCGUGGCUCUCGACUCUUAACUUGUUUUAACAAGCUAGAUAAAAGGUAAUGCCCUGGCAGUGGCGAACAGCUUUGGUUUAAUAUUUGAUUUGAUUGAUUUGAUCACAGUAAUGUUUAAGUUGAGAUUUGCAUAUUUUAUUGCUACUGUAUAAAGGGAAUACCGCUGGUUAAAAGCACUUUAUUUGUUUAAAGUAUUUGCAAACCACGUUAUUGCACUUUUGUGUAUAUAGCAGUACAUUUACACUACACUACUUUAGAAUUCAUUAUUCAAUUUUGCACAUAACAAUGCGAUUAAUUGCGAUAAAAAAAAUUUGCGUUGCCCAGCACUAUAUCAUUCACACAGAUAUUUGGUAGACUGUGCGUAUGUGUCAGUCUGUGUCAAAAGUGUGAGUAUUGAUGUGGGUUCCCACGUUAUUUUUAGCUUCUCUGCAUCUCUCAGACCAGGGAAACAGUGAUGGAAGACCUAGAUCUGAUUUUCUAACCAGGUUAACUAUAAGGAGGCUUACACAUCUGACUUUCAAGAAGAGAAGCUAUUAGUCUUUGUGUUGUUUGACUUCAUGUGAAAAAACAGUGUAAACACAAUUUAAAUGCACUAUGAAUAUGCACUCAUUGGCCACUUUAUUAGGUACACCUUGAUAGUACAGGGUUGGACCCCCUUUUGCCUUCAGACCUGCCUUAAUUCUCCGUGGCAUACUUUCAACAAGGUGUUGGAAAC